AUAGUACAUUUUCUUUUUGACUUUUGUCUGUGGUUCGUUAUGGCUUCCUCUUAUUCAUAUCCUGAAUUAUUUUUGGCGGGUUUUAUAUUUACCUUGCCUUUUUUGUAUGAAAAAAGUAAUGUUUUUCGAUAUUACUUAAAGUUUUUCCUGUAUUAUGCUUAUGUAUUGAUAACUUGUACCAUUUUAUUACCAGUAGUUUUAUUAUAUCCUCGCGACGUUACGAACCUAAUAGUAGCUUCCCGUUUUUGUCGCUAUGCAUCCCACAUUGUUGGUAUCGAAUGGGAAUUACGGGGUUUGGAGCAUUGGGAUAAUGAACAAUGUUGUAUCGUAAUAUCUAAUCAUCAGAGUUCUUUGGAUAUUCUUGGUAUGUUCGAAAUGUGGCCCCGAAUGAAACGUUGCACAGUUGUCGCUAAAAGACCUUUGAUGUUUGCUGGAGCUUUUGGAUUUGGUGCUUGGUUAUCGGGAUUAGUGUUUAUUGAUAGACUUAAAACUGAAAAAGCUCGCCAGUUAAUGAAAGAAGCCACUGCAAGAGUCAUUGAUGAAAAGACGAAAUUGUGGAUAUUUCCUGAAGGCGCUCGUUUCAAUAAUGGAAUUAUACAACCAUUUAAGAAAGGAGCAUUCUAUUUGGCUAUAGAUGCCCAAAUCCCAAUUAUGCCUGUUGUUUUUAGUCAGUAUUACUUUCUGGAUAAUGAAUCAAAGACAUUUGAGCCAGGGAAAGUGGUAAUCACAACUUUGCCACCUAUACCCACAAAAGGAUUAACCAGGAAUGAUUUAGAGAACCUCUCUGAUAUGGCCCGCCAUCAAAUGAUAGAAGUUUUUAAUGAGAGUUCAAAGGAUCUGGUCAAGCAGAAGAAGAUUGCGAUUUAAAAUCAUUGACCUUGGACAGUAUGAUUUGCUUCACAUGUUAACAACAUCAUCACAUUUGUUACCUACCUAGUGACUUCUGCCAAAGAUAUUAGUUACCAUUAUAAUUAAGUGUACAUGUGCUUUAAAUAAAUUGAGCCUAUUAAUUUCUAGUCAUUAUAUAUUUGUUAUAUUUGUGUUAUGAAUUCAAAUACGCGACUAUUCAAUCAUUUUAUUGCUAGUCAAGUAGAUUGAUUAUAAUGUUUUCCUCUAUUUCUUAAAUAAUAUUAUUCCUUAGAUAUUUAAGAAAUACUCCAUACAAUUUUAAAAAUAAAGGCAUUAUGAAUAA